AUGAAGCCAGUAGAGAUCAGAUUUUCUCUACACAGACCUCUACAGCACAGAGAUCCAGCCAUGGUACCUACAAUCACACCAGCCAGGAUCUACUCUAAGGAGCACCUGACUCUGACAAACAAGCUAAGUAAGCCAGUGGUGGAGAAGUUAUGCAGAGAUCGUAUCAACAACAGCAUUGAGCAGCUCAAGUCUCUCCUGGUUCCAGAGAUCCUCAACCAGCAGCCCGACUCCAAGCUGGACAAAGCCGACAUCCUGGAGAUGACAGUUUGCAUCCUGAGACAACAGCAACAGAACCAGCCAGUGAGCUCCUCCUCCUGCUCAGCACCUGUCAAUCAGGGUUACUCCAGGUGUGUCCAAGAGAUUGUUCACUUCCUGUCUAAAUGUGAGCAGAAGUCACAGUCCCAGAGAAUACUGCUGAGCCACUUCCAGAGCCUGCAGCCAUCCUCUGAUAAGAACAGGAGUGAGAUUGACCAUCCUCAGCUGAGCUCCCCAGCCCAGCACAGCAUCAGCAAAGAGAAGAUUCCAGUCAACAUCGCUCUCUGGAAGCCCUGGUAGAGACCUACAGACUGGAGCUCCACUCAGACAAACACAAUGGAUGGACCAUGUUGUUCUAAGAUUAAUUUCAUGGACAUUAAUGAGUAUAAGAAAAUAUUUUCUUUGUUUUCUGCUUAUGCAGGAGUUUUUAAAAGUCUUGCUGUGAUUGAGACAUUUAAUUUCAGUUGUACUGAAGUUAAAAACGUUUUCCUAGAAAACAAUCUGAUCUUUGAAAACGACAUUUUUUGUAGUGUUAAUUGAAAUCAUCAUAACCUUUAUGUUUUGUGAAAAAUGUUGACUAUAUUGAUAAUGUGUUUAUAUUCAUGAUCAACAAUAACUUGAAUGGUUCUCUAUGAGAACUUAUAUUAUUUACCCAAACUGUACCUGUUAUCAUCACUUUGUGAUUAACAAUAUUUGACCUGUUUAAAGAUUAGAUUUUAUUUGUGAAAUUGUCGCUCACAUUAUUUGAAAAUGUGUUUAUUGCAAAUGGGAGAAAAACAUGUCUAAUUGAAAAACCCUUGUUUAUUUUUAACAAUUCUGUUGUCUUUCAUAAAGACAGUAACUGUGUAUCCUAUACUCUGAUAGAGUAUCAUAUCUUUCAUAAAGGUAGUAACUGUGUAUCCUAUAUACUCUGAUAGAGUAUCAUACCUUUCAUAAAGACAGUAACUGUGUAUCCUAUAUACUCUGAUAGAGUAUCAUAUCUUUCAUAAAGAUUGUAACUGUGUAUCCUAUAUACUCUGAUAGAGUAUCAUAUCUUUCAUAAAGACAGUAACUGUGUAUCCUAUAUACUCUGAUAGAGUAUCAUAUCUUUCAUAAAGACAGUAACUGUGUAUCCUAUAUACUCUGAUAGAGUAUCAUAUCUUUCAUAAAGACAGUAAUUGUGUAUCCUAUAUACUCUGAUAAAGUCUCAUGUCUUGGAUAUUUGUUCAAGUUCUUGUUGUGAUGUUUAAUCACUUUAUUUCUCUUGAAAUAUUUACCUUAAAUUAAGGUAUUGAUGAUGUGACUCAUUGAGUCACUCUGAAUAAAUACACAAAUCUUCAAAUGAAA